AUGCACCGAAUUGAAUCAGCUAUCGAGAAAGCAGUCAAAUUUCGUUCUCAUGGAAUUUUUAUCAGCGAGACGUUUGAAUUGGCGCGGCGACAAGCGAGAGAUGCUAUUGAGAAGGGCCUAAACCCGUUUCCCGUGGCUGUGAAGGAUUGUUUUCUAACGUCUACAAGCACAACAUGCGCGUCACAAAUGUUGGAAAACUACACACCACCUAUGAAUGCAACAAUUGUGGAUCGUAUCGUUGCGAGAGGAGGAUGUAUUAUCGGAAAGACAAAUCUUGAUGAAUUCUGCAUGGGAACAUCUUCAGCUCUUGGUCAUUUCGGUCCUGUCAAAAGUGCACUUUCCGAAGCCAUGUCUGACGACUGGCUGAUCCCCGGCGGAAGCUCCGGAGGCUCCGCAGUAGCUGUUCAGACUGGGAUUGCCGAUCUAGCACUUGGAUCCGAUACAGGAGGUUCUACGCGCAAUCCAGCUGCAUUUAAUGGAGUUUUCGGUUUCAAGCCAACCUAUGGAGUCCUCUCAAGAUCGGGGUUGAUUCCACUUGUCAACUCAUUGGAUUCGCCUUCAAUCUUUACAACCAGCGCAGAAGCGUGUUGGAAAUAUCUAGAAAUGUUAGCUGGAAUCGAUGCAGCCGAUUCCACGUCAGUGAAUCUUCCAGAAAUCCAAGGAAUACGGUCGAUUGAAGACUUGAAAGUAGGGAUCCCAGCUGAAUAUAACAACGAGUGUUUAUCCGAUGAUGCUUGGAAAUUGUGGAAUCAUGCAGCUAACAUUUUGGAACGACAAAAAGCUCAGAUCAUACCGAUAAGCCUACCAACAACCAAAUAUUCUCUAGCAUGCUAUUCGGUUCUUUCAGCAGCAGAUAUUGCUUCCAAUAUGGCGAGGUAUGACAGUGUUGCGUAUGGUCAUCGUUCAAAGAUGGACAAUUCGACUUAUGAGAUGUAUGCUUCUUCACGUUCUGAAUCUUUAAAUACCGUUGUUCGGAAAAGGAUUUUUGCAGGAAACUACAUGUUAAUGAAACAAUAUCGAGAACUAUACCUCGAGAAAGCAUUAAAAGUCCGAAGAAAGAUCAGUAACGAGAUUCAAGACGCUUUCAAAAAAGUGGACAUCAUUAUCACCCCAACAGCAACUGGAACAGCACCAAAGUACUCUGAACUUCGAGAUACAUUAUUCACGAAAGAAGAUGACGAUGAUUAUUUCACUCAAGCUGCGAACUUGGCUGGCAUCCCUGCGAUUUCAGUACCAAUCGGGAAAGGUUGCAAUGGGCUGCCGAUCGGAGUGCAGUUGAUGGCGAAUAAAUUACAGGACAAGACUCUUUGUAACAUUGCACAACUUUUGUGUCGGGUUCUUUAG